UGCUUCGGUCGGCUCGCCGCCCGCCUCCCUCCAGCAGCCAUGGCCCGACACGGGAGAAAGGAGAACGAGGAGACCCUCAUCGAGAUGGGGCAAGCCAACGAGGGUGAAGAAACCAAUGGACCCAUAUUUGAAAAUGUAUCAAGUGGAGAUUCAGAAAUUCCUGUCAACUCUGAGGGCCUAAGCACCACCGAGACUACCUUACUCAUCUCUGGCCUCCAAGGGAAAACUGGAAGGAGAUUCAAUCUGUUCCUGAAGCGACGUCUCAGGAUUGACAAGCGGCAUGAAAGCAAGGACUCAGUUUUCUUCAGAGAUGGUAUCCGGCGAAUAGACUUCAUACUUUCGUAUGUGGAUGAUCCAAAAGCAGAAAGUGAAAAAAAAGCAGAAAGGAGAAGAGAAUUUGAGAACAAUCUAGCUAAGGCAGGCUUGGAACUAGAAACGGAAGACAAGAAGGAAUCCGAUAAUGGCAAAACUUACUUUGUGAAGAUUCAUGCUCCUUGGGAGGUCCUCACCACAUAUGCUGAAGUGCUAAAUAUCAAAAUGCCCAUCAAGGAAAAUGAUAUUCCUUGUACCACUGAAAACCCCUUCGAGUGCUUAUUUUCGCCUUUUAGGCUACCUGAGAUUGUGAUGCACCCAGAACCAGAUUACUUUACUGCCCCAUUUAGCAAGGAAAAGCAAGAACUCUACCUCAUUGAUGAUGAGAAUACAUUUUUCUCCCCUUCUGUCAGAAACAGAAUUGUUUUCUAUAUUUUAACGAGGUGCCCAUAUGGAACAGAGGAAGGGAAGAAAAAAUUUGGCAUCAAAAGACUGUUAAACAACGGCACCUAUGCUGCAGCUUACCCUCUUCACGAUUGCCAGUACUGGAGGAAGGCAAAUGAUCCAAAGUGUGAAAAUGAAAGAUACACACUGUACAGAGAAUGGGCAAGGUUUCCUAGGUUUUUCAAGGAGCAGCCCUUAGAUCUUAUCAGGAAAUAUUAUGGAGAGAGGAUUGGUAUCUACUUUGCCUGGCUGGGCUUCUACACUGAGAUGCUAUUCUUUGCAGCACUUGUUGGUUUAAUAUGUUUUCUGUAUGGAGCAUUUACAAUGAAUGAAAAUAUGAGUAGCAAAGAAAUAUGUGACCCCAGUAUUGGGGGAGAAAUCCCCAUGUGCCCACUGUGUGAUAGAAAUUGUGAAUAUUGGUGGCUGAAUUCUACGUGCGAGUCUUCACAGUACUCCCAUUUAUUUGACAAUGUGGCAACCCUCUUUUUUGCAAUAUUUAUGGGUAUUUGGGUUACACUUUUCCUGGAGUUCUGGAAGCGCCGCCAAGCUCGACUUGAAUACGAGUGGGAUUUAGUUGAUUUUGAGGAGGAACAACAGCAGCUUCAACUGAGGCCAGAAUAUGAAGCAAAGUGUACCCAAAAGCGAAAGAACCCAAUCACUCAGGAAUUGGAGCCUUAUAUGCCUCUAACUAGCCAGGCUCUGCGGUUCUGUGUCUCAGGAACGACAGUGUUGUUCUGGAUCUCCUUGAUCAUAGCAAGUAUGAUUGCUGUGAUCGUUUACCGCCUCGCAGUUUAUGCUGCUUUUGCCAGCCUCAUGAAGAACACACAAACCCUGCAACCCAUCCAAGGUUUGUUGACGCCUCAGCUAGCAACGUCAGUCACUGCGUCAUUCCUGAAUUUUGUCAUCAUUAUGAUACUGAAUUUCUUAUAUGAAAGGAUAGCCAUCUGGAUCACAGAUAUGGAAAUCCCAAGAACUCACCUUGAAUAUGAGAACAGACUCACUAUGAAGAUGUUCCUGUUUCAGUUUGUCAACUACUAUUCAUCAUGUUUCUAUGUGGCUUUCUUCAAAGGGAAAUUUGUGGGGUUCCCUGGUAAUUAUACAUACAUGUUUAAUCGUUGGAGGAAUGAAGAGUGUGAUCCUGCAGGAUGCUUGAUAGAACUCACGACCCAGCUUACCAUCAUUAUGGCUGGCAAACAGAUCUGGGGUAACAUCCAAGAGGCCUUUUUACCGUGGGUCUGGAACUGGUGGGGCAGACGAAAAGCCAGGAACCAUCCAGAAAAUUUGUAUAGUCGAUGGGAGCAGGAUAAUGAUCUACAGAACUUUGGACCUUUGGGCCUGUUCUAUGAAUACUUAGAAAUGGUUAUUCAGUUUGGAUUUAUUACUCUGUUUGUGGCCUCUUUUCCCUUGGCUCCAUUACUUGCUCUUAUGAACAAUAUCUUGGAAAUUCGAGUUGAUUCUUGGAAGCUUACAACUCAGUUUAGAAGGCCAGUGGCAGCCAAAGCCCACAGCAUAGGGGUUUGGCAACAAAUCCUAAAUGGGAUUGCAGUCUUGUCUGUUGUCACAAAUGCAUUCAUUGUAGCUUUUACAUCUGAUAUGAUCCCUCGACUAGUUUACUACUAUGCAUACUUCGAAGAUCCUGAUUCACCCAUGACUGGAUACAUUAAUGAUAGCCUCUCUGUAUUCCAAAUAUCAGAUUUUCAAGAGCAAAAUAGACCUAAUUCAAAUCCAAACAACUUCACCAACUGCCGGUACAGGGACUAUCGCUAUCCACCAGACCAUGAGAAAAAAUAUGCACAUACAAUGCAGUUCUGGCACAUUCUGGCUGCCAAAAUGGCUUUUAUCAUUAUUAUGGAGCAUGUUGUUUUCAUUGUCAAAUUCUUUGUGGCUUGGAUGAUCCCCGAUGUCCCGGAUGAAGUGAAAGCUAAAGUAAAGCGUGAGAAAUACUUAACACAAAAAAUACUCCAUGAGUAUGAACUUUAUAAACUUAAGCAAAAGCUGUGUGAAGGCAGGACCUACGCCAGCAUGGAAAAGGAAGUCUUGGCCACUGAAGGGAGAGUGGAAUUGUCAGAAAUUAUGUAACAUAAGAAGAGACUGUGUACCUGGAACUUCAGCCUGUGAAAUUUGAUCAUUCAGAAUACAUGCUGAACCAGCCGCUCAGCAUAUUGUGAAAGCUGUCCAGUAUUUUUAUUCAGUUUCUUUCUGGACAUAAACAUAUUACCAGAAUAAUUGGAAAGAAACAAUCUGGAUGGGCUACGAGGGUGUCAGCAAGUCGAGUUUCAGUCCUGUAGCUUUGCUGCUAUGUAACCUAGAAAAAGGAGCUUCAGGUCUGGCAAUGUACCUUCUACUGCCUUGCCUUUCUGUGCUUUUGGAACUAAGUGUGAAUAGCCUUGAAUUAAUAUAGUGAUUAGCCCUCAAAGUUCCAUACUUUCAGUGGGGGCUUAAAGGCACUGUAUUAUUGUGAAGAAGGCCUCCCUGAAGACGUUCAGGCAGUUGGCAUGGCAGAGUCAGCCUGGCCUGGAUUUUAUAUAUAUGCACAUGCAUGUAAGACCAAGGGUCUGAUAAUCCCCCCCAUUUCUCACUUUUUGACGUAAGGGCUGAAAGGGAAUUUGUAUCUUUUUAAUUUGUUUUUGUUUUGUUUUCAUUUCUCUUUUUUGUGUGUGGGAGGUAUAGUAAUGGCAUUAUUUCUCAUUCAUAUUUCCUUUCUCCAAACUGGGGGUGGGUGGGGUGCGGCCACUGAUAACUAAAACAUUAAUCUAUAUCAUUAACCUGGAUGUGUGAGGAAGGUGUUUAGUACCACAAGUCUCCAGAGCAAACACAGGGCUGUUUUGCUAUUUUGCCUUAGCAUUCAUAUGUUUUCUUUUUAAAAUAUCCACCAUUAUUAGAAUGAGGCAGGCAUUUUAAAGAAGACAAGGCUAUUCCUGUGUUUGAGCCAGAAUCAUAUUUGUAAAAGGCCAUUGGCCAAUUGGCCUCUGUAUAAUUGAGUCCUUAUGCCUGCAAUCUUGUUGAAAUAGUUUCACAUUUUCAAAAUUCCUGGCUAAGCCACCCAUAGGGCUGUAAACAAAGACAUUUGUUGAGGAUCUGCCUUAAUAAUAGAUCUAUCUGUGACAAUAAAGAAUCUAUAGUCUUAAUAUUUAGGGAAUGAAAUAGCAUGACAAGCCAAAUCCCAACCUUACUGAUUUUUUUCAAAAAUACUGCCAGAGAGGAACAGGGGAGUGGGUGAAAUUGUGAGGCAGUUUUGAAGACUUACGGUAUGCACAUUUAUAGCAUAGAUUUUGUGUACAAGAUCUAGCCAAAAACAUUAUACUGGCAGUAUCUUUGUUUUAUUAUGUAAUGUCAAGUAUCUACAAGUAUUUUUGAGAUUUUAUUACGUUUUUAAUAGCCAUGACUACCCAACACUGCUUAGUGCCUUGCUUAUAUAUGCACAUCAGGAGGAAAAGGUGUGUGAAAAUGCUGGUUCUAUAAGUUAUGUAGCAUAAUGUGUCUUGUAAGUGAAUCCACAGGUAUCAUGAAAGCAUUAAUUUUCUUACUCAGCCACAUACAGUAGUGGCUGGGCAGGUCAGGAGUGUUGAGCCUUCUGAGUUGGCUUGUUCAGUGCAAAUUCACUGAAUGCCAACUGAAAGAAUAAAGGCAUUUGCUGAAUUUUUUCACUCAGAAUAAAACAUAGUGGACAUCAUAUUCCAUGCUGUUGAAAUACUUGCAAUUGAAAAUUGUGCUUGGCUGUUAAAUAUUGAAGCAAAACUCCCAGGCUGUGUCUAUUCAAAUAGCACAUUAUAUAUGCUUUCAGAUUUCAGGUCACAGCUUUUGUGAUAUAAAAGCAAAUUAUCCCCUUUUAAACACUACUGUAAACUAUCCCAGCCAACAACAUUUUUUGUCAGAGCAAUAGUAUUCAUAUUGUGGGUGGAGAGGCAAGCUUUAGAUCCUUGGGCACCAUGACAUAUAGUGUCUGCCUGUAGUGGGAGGGGAUUAGAUAUAUCAUAGCAAUCAAAAAUGUGUGCAGAUGCUAUAUUGUGUAGGACUGUUAAGCAUCCAGACCCCCAAAGAUAUUUACUGCAUAGUCUGAGGUGUGUUGCCCAGUUGUCUAUGAAGUGAACUUAAUUCUAUACCUAGAGGCAAGGUUACCAUCAGAGAGAAGGUAUUCUCUUGAGAAAAAAGUUCCACCUCAGGUAUGGGAUAUAUCAAGCUCUGUUUUAUUCCUUUUGAUGCCAAACAAGUCCAUCCCAUGUAGAGGCAUAUUUGGGAGCUUUUAUAAGCUCUGUCUUGAGCUAUAGGAUAGGAUAUCUCGUAAUUGUAAUUUUGUUGCUUCUUCCAUUUCUGCCCCAUCCUCCCUAGUCCCCUUUCCACCUGCUGUAGUUAGGAAAUCCAUACACAAUACAGUACAUAGAGUUAUAGAGCAUGAAAUCCGGAAUGCAGUAUACAUUUUCUGCUCUGGACCACAGUGAUUAAUAAAUGUAACAUUUUUCAGAUUUGUUUUGUUUAAUGAAACCUUUUUCAGCAUCUAAAAUUGCCUGGGUUCUGUUUUGCUUUCUAAAUAUGUUUACCUAAAACACCAUAAUUUUGUGUACUAAAAUAGCUUCAUUUUAUUGCAGAAGCACAUGUCUAAGUAAGGUAAAAUAGAUUAUAGUGUGUGUGUCAGUAUGCCAAAGAUGCAUUGCAAUCAUCAAAAAAGUCUACCUAUGCAGCAAAAAAAAUCCUAUUCAUAAUUAAGAAUAAAACACUCUGCUGCUUGUUUACAAGUGUUCUUAUGAAUUUAAAUGAAGAAUGAAGUAUUUGUCUUUCAUAUUUAAAUUAUUAUCACAACAUUUUGUCUGUAACCAGCUGCAGUGUUUGCAAAGCAAAGUAGUUUAUAGGGCACCCAAAGUCCAACAGCAUCAGAGUUCUGUGUGAGUAUUUUCCUCCUGGCACAGAAAUGCCCAUACUGUAAAACUCAAAUCAGACUGUUAACUAACUUACAGGUUGUUAUUCUUUUCAAGCUUUCCAAACUAUACCUAUUUAAUGGUUUGGAAUCACUUUUUUUUUAAAAAAAUAGAGAUAUGCAGAUUGGGCACAAGCACAGAUAAAACAGUGUACAGCUGCGUUGCCGUUUUCUAAGUCCAACUAAAAUGGAUAUUGCAGCAAAACUAUGUUUGUUGUGAUUAUCUCCUCUCUACUCAUAAAUUUUGUACCCAAUAGGAUGAAGCUGUUGUGUUGUUUUAGAAUUAAACUCUAAAACUUUAAGCUCCUGUUUCAGGAAAACUAAGCAAGUCCUGAGUGUGUGCCAGGGUCUUAGCUUCUGUUGCAGAAAGCUAAACUACGUCAGCUAUGACGUCCAGAAUACAGUUGACUACAUUGUUGAAGCCUCAAGCAAAAACAAGCACCCCUGGUAUGCUAUUAUGCAUAGCUGGGAACAGCGGGUAGUUUAGUGUAUCUGAAAUUUGACAGCUCUCCUACUGAUACUGAUGUAAAACAUUGGGAUUGCACCUUCAGCUCCAUAUUUCUGUUCAAUUCUCAUUUGAGCGUUUAUCAGUUAUUUAACUUCAUAGUAUUAAUUACCGAUCUAUUGUAUUUUGUCUAUCUGUACUGUAACUUGCAUAUUAAUAAGUGUUUCCAUCUGAUUCAUCUUAAGACACAAAUGUACAAGUGAUAUCUCAUUAAAAUCAGGAGAAUUAAAGCUGA